GCUGCUCACAGGAACCCUGGGCGGGGCUGAGGCUUGUCUCUCGUACUGUGGAUGUUGGCUGCUUGAUCAUGAAUCGUUAUUUGAUUUCCCUUCAGCUGCUGAAGCGCAUUUCUUGUCACGAGAGGAAGCUCCUGCUGCCAGCGGCGGCGUUCACACCAGUGAGGAUGGCCAGUUCUGAUUCUUAUAGAAUUGAAUUUGACACCUUUGGAGAACUGAAAGUUCCCAAUGAUAAAUAUUACGGAGCUCAGACUGUUCGUUCAACAAUGAAUUUCAAAAUUGGAGGUGUGACUGAGCGGAUGCCGUUGCAAGUUAUCAGAGCAUUUGGAAUCUUAAAAAAAGCAGCAGCAGAAGUUAAUAAGGAUUACGGCCUUGACCCCAAAAUCGCUGCGUAUAUUAUCAAGGCGGCUGAUGAGGUUGCUGCUGGUAAGCUUGAUGAUCAUUUCCCUUUAGCUGUGUGGCAAACUGGCUCUGGAACACAGAGCAACAUGAAUGUUAAUGAAGUAAUUAGUAACCGAGCCAUUGAGAUGAUGGGUGGAAAGCUUGGAAGCAAAGACCCUGUGCACCCUAAUGAUCACGUUAAUAAAAGCCAGAGUUCCAAUGAUACUUUUCCCACAGCAAUGCAUAUUGCUGCUGCCAAAGAAGUUAAUGAAGUUCUGUUACCUGGACUGAAAAAGCUUCAUGAUUCUUUAGAAAAAAAAUCGAAAGAAUUUGCAAACAUUAUUAAAAUUGGCCGUACCCACACACAAGAUGCUGUGCCACUUACUUUGGGACAGGAAUUCAGUGCCUAUGUACAACAGAUAAAAUAUGGUAUUGCUAGAAUUGAAGGUGCCUUACCAAGAGUCUACGAACUGGCAGCUGGUGGUACAGCAGUUGGAACUGGGUUAAAUACUAGAGUUGGAUUUGCUGAAAAAGUUGCUGCCAAAGUAUCUGAACUCACAGGAUUACCUUUCAUCACUGCUCCAAACAAAUUUGAAGCUCUUGCUGCUCAUGAUGCCCUGGUCGAAUUGAGUGGCGCUUUGAACACUGUCGCUUGCAGCCUAAUGAAGAUUGCCAAUGACAUUCGUUUUCUUGGGUCUGGCCCACGUUCUGGUCUUGGAGAAUUGAUAUUGCCAGAAAAUGAACCUGGAAGCAGUAUUAUGCCUGGCAAAGUGAAUCCUACACAGUGUGAAGCUGUAACUAUGGUAUGCGCCCAAGUGAUGGGGAACAACGUUGCUAUAACGAUAGGAGGCAGUAAUGGACAUUUUGAAUUAAAUGUUUUCAAGCCUUUAAUUAUAAAAAAUAUUCUCAACUCUGUGAGGUUGCUUGGUGAUGCUUCAGUUUCAUUUACCGACAAUUGCGUUGUUGGAAUUCAAGCAAAUACUGAAAGAAUCAACAAAUUGAUGAAUGAAUCUUUAAUGCUUGUAACUGCACUAAAUCCACACAUAGGGUAUGAUAAAGCUGCCAAAAUUGCCAAAACCGCACACAAGGAAGGUGGAACAUUAAAAGAAACUGCCAUAAAACUUGGAAUUCUUACAUCAGAGCAGUUUGACCAGUGGGUUAAACCAGAAGAAAUGCUUGGUCCAAAAUAAUACUAUUCGUAUCCCAAAUACUUUUGUUAUAUUUUUCAAAAUAAAUAUUAAAGGGGUUGGCCCAUCUCAGAUUUUGAUGGCAUAUCAUCAGGAUAUGCCAUCAAAGUCAAGUGCAGGUACCAUCUCUGGGACCCGUUCCAUCUCCUGAACAGGGCCCCUAAAGUGAAGAAGAGCAUGUUCUCUCCAUUCACUGCAGUGAGACUGACUAAAUAGCCAAGCGAGCGUGUUCGGCUCGAAGUCACAUAGUGGUGACUAAAGGGUGGUCAGGCUUGUGAGGUGCCCUCUUCUACACUUUGGGGGGGUCAUUCUGGUGUUAGUUGCAGGUCAAGGCUCUGGGACCUGCACCUGACAUUGAUGGCAUAUCCUAGCAAUAUGUCAUCAAAAUCUGAGAUGAGACAACCACUUUAUUUGUCAUUUCAGUUUCUGUGUGCAUUAAAGGGAACCUGUCAUCAACUUUAUGCUGACCUUACUGAGGGCAGCAUAAAUUACUGACAGAAAUGCUGAUUUCAGUAGUGUGUCACUCAUCAGCUAAAAGUAAGUUGUUGCCAAG